AUGCGUGAUGACAGUGCAGCGAGAGGCAGCGUCCACCAAUCGGACAGUCUAGUUGAAGAUGUUGACCUUGUGACGUUCUUAAAUUCAAAGACUCAACAACAUGAUGCUAUAUUCAAGGAAGCGGUUCAGCUACUAGAAUCAAUGAAGUCGUCACCCUCUUGUAACAGAGUAGCGGCCUCCAGACUUGUUACGUCCUGCCAGUCAGUUGGAGGAAGGGCUGCUAAUAUAGAUAUUGAUAUGUACUUGGCCUUAGAGCACAUUAGAUCAUUAUAUGCUGCAAGGCUAGCUAUCUGCGAACUCAAUGAAGCCGGUGCAUCUACUCCUCCGCCUUGUCUUCCGGUGACGAUUUCACCACAUCACAGAAAGGGAAUAUUUGGAUUUUCUUCCAAAUAUAAGCCCGAGAUUAACAAUGCAGAAACCCUACCUAAGGAACUGCUUGCAUCUUGCCUCAAGACACUAGAGUCGCGACCGCAAUGGUGGACCUCCUAUAGCAACAGUAGGCAGAAUGCUGUGGUCAUCUGCCAAGCCGCAAGAGUCGAAAAUGAGAAGGAGGAGCUUCUGGAGCUGCAUAAAUCCAUUCUUGAAAGCUCCAUUAAGCUCAACAGCGGUCUCCAGGAAGCCUUGCGGAUGGCUGCGGCCGAAACUGCACAGUAUAAAGCGUUUAUGCAAGCGGCCGAAACUUUCAAGGAAAAACUGGUAACAGAGUUUGACGAGACACAGUCUCGAUUCAGAGAGACCUUUGAAAUUCUUUUGCGUGACAUAAGAUUAGGUGUCAACUCGGCAAUCACUGUCGUUUCCUCGGCCCUUGGCAGGGUCGAUGAUGAAGCCACCGUCCUAGAAAAUAAAGUACUCAAUAUCUCCACCGAGGCUAGCCACCUACAGUGGAUUCUGCAGACCCUUCAUGAUGAGGCGUUUGCUAGAAAUGAGCAAUUGAGGCACGCCUAUCGACGGGAUGCUCUGACACAUCAUGAGCUCUCUUCAUCCCUUCAGUCUAAAUUGGAAACACUUUUGCAAGUUGAUAUAAUCAAGUUGCUUCACAAUGUCGAGGCAUUUGACGCUUCUAUAGAAUGGUUAUCUGAAAGGAUUGGGUUUAUAUUGCAGCAAGAGAUGAGUGUCUCCGAGGGUUUACGAAACUUCGAAAUUUCCCUCGAAAAAUCUCAACUGAAUGCCUAUAAUCUGCAAAAAGUACAAGCAGAGCAAUUUGAGACCUUCCAAAUACAGUCUCAACUGCAGGAGAAUUUGCAAACGAAUAUGCGAAUUUCGCAGACUCUACUUGACAGAACUGCUGCGACUGCUGCCAACCUGCAAGCAAUGAUAGACGAAGCAGCAGCUCGAUACAGAGAAUCCAGUUCUCUGGGUGGCCUCUUUGGGACAUAUUCUUCAUGGACAAUAUGUGGCCUUCUUCUAAGCAUACUAGGUUCACAAAACCCAAAGAUUGCUAUUGUGAUGCUUUUAAUUGGUGCCUUAUAA